AUGCCUCUUACAAAGUCCUUCUCUGAGCAGAACAGAGGUCCCAAGCGUCCACAAUGGCAGAGAUCCAAGAGUAACCCCGCGCCACGAACUAUCGUCCCUCCACCUCCCUUCCCCGUCUCGACAAAAACGAAGACAAAGCUCCAGGCCUUCCAAUUCGAGACGCUCUCCGAUGCAGACCUCGACACCGCGACAUCCAAACACACCUCGCCACCGGCACCAGACAAGGUUAUCAAUGCUGUGACGCCGGCCGGCCGCACCGCGUGGCAGGACCUCCUCAGCAAGCCCGAAGCGCCGAAGGAUGACGAGAACCUUUCCCCCGGCGAGCGCAUCCUCUGGCGCAAUGACCACAAUGCCGACCAUCCCGUGGCCAUGUCCCCGCUGAUCCCGCGCAAGGGCCGAAAGCGCGCAAGAAGCUCGUCGCCCAUAUCGUCUCCGGCUUCCAAGCAUGCCACCCCUGCCGUCGGCUCCAAGAAGCUGGCCCGGGUCCUGAAAACACCCCGUGCCGAUCCGGCAACGGAACUGUGGGAUCGCUUUUCUGUUCCCGGGGCAAAUGCUAGCCCGUCCGGCUUGACAAAUCCGUUGCUUGCCCAGCUUAUGGUCUCAUCCUCACCCCGUCUCAAGGAUGGCGGUGCACUAGGCAGCGAAAGACCCCUGAGGAAGGCAAUCAGCUGUGGUGCUCACUGGCCCAAACGACGAAAGGUUGAGCGCCUUGAUGCGGACAUGGGAGAUAUCGCUACCGCGAAGACCCAGCCGGACUCCAAAUCAUCCAUGGUGUCGGCCCUAUUGGAGACUGUCAACGGAGAAAUCAAGUCAAAAUCGACCCAGCUAAAACCACCUUCACCACAGAAGCGGUCGCCAUUGAGAGAAUCCCCGACUGUCCAGCGCCCCAUCAGACAGUCACCUUCACGGCGACCGCAAGGGAGCUCUCCGUUGGCCAAGAAGUCGACGGGGGUAAGAACAGAAGAAUCCGAUGCUGGAAUCCCCUUUGGAGACAAGGCCUCUUCUGAUUACGGGGAUGACGAUUUCGACGACGAAACGUUGCUGGGGCUUGAUGCGAGCAUUUCGGUACAGGGAGACGACUCUACUAUGGUCGCGCCCUCGGAAGAACUGAACCAUCAAGCUCCUCCCCCGCCCAAGGUGGCUGGCGACGAUUUUGGUGAUUUUGAUGAUGACUUUCUUGACGGGGCCGAAGAGUUGGUAGCCGAGGUGGAGGCAAAGCAUGCGUCUCAAAACCCUUUCCAUGGGCAGCAACAGAAGCCAGCCAAUGCUUGGGUAGACGAUACUGCAUACGGUGAUGAUUUUGACGACGCCGACUUUGAUGCCGUCGACCUAGCAGCUACACAGGCAACCGCUCAACCCUUCGCGACCAAUCCCAGCCAGAAACCCAAGGCGAUCCAGCGGUACUUGAUCACGGAUGUGCUCGAAAACUCCUAUUUCGAUGAACAUGAACGAGAAUACCCCGAGAAGAUCCUCCUUGUACAGGCUGAGAGAACAAACGCCGUCAAGACGGUCCAUCUCAGAGGCGACUGGUACGACACCGAAGCCAGCCCUAGAGCCUACGUCCAUAUCAUCGGAAGUUUCGAGCCUUCCGGCAGAUGUAUCAUUGACAACAACCACAAUACCCUCAUCCUACACCCCGACCAGCUGGUCUCUUCUACCGUCGUGGCCGACUCAAUUACCUGCAUGCGCCGUGCUGUUCUCCAAGACCGAGUGAAAGCCACCAGCGAGGCGUCUCCCCCAUUGGUUUACGGCACCAUUCUCCACGAGAUCUUCCAGGAGGCCUUAAUGGCGAAUAACUGGGACUUGGGCUUUCUGGGGUCUGUUAUCAGCAAGACACUACGAAAGCACAUAGAGGAUCUCUACGUCAUCAAGGUCACCUUCGAAGAUGCCCAUGCCCACGUACUCUCCAAGAUGCCUGAGCUACGGACUUGGGCACAAGCUUUUGUAGCCGCAAGCCCCAAGGCUGGCGCAUUUGUACAAGGGAGGGGCAGCGAGCGAGUCAAUAUGUGUGUGAGCAAACUUCUCGACGUCGAGGAACAUGUUUGGUCUCCCAUGUACGGGCUGAAGGGCAACAUUGAUGCCACCGUGCAAAUCACGAUGCGGGACGGCAAAACAUCUCAGACUUUGACAGUGCCCUUCGAGGUCAAGACUGGAAGGAACGCUACAGCGAACCACCAAGCUCAGACCGUGCUGUACAACCUCCUCCUUUCCGAUCGAUACGACAUCGAGAUUGUUUAUGGCAUCCUGUAUUACACGGAGACCUCACAGACCCUACGGAUUCCCGCUAUUCGUACCGAGCUACGACACUUGAUCAUGCGGCGGAACACGUUAGCCUGUUACAUUCGGGAACGGAGCGUCCAGCUUCCGCCGAUGAAGAGAAGCAAGAAUGCGUGCGCCAAAUGCUAUGCCCAAACAUCCUGCUUCACCUACCACAAGCUCGCCGACAGCGGCAACGGCGAGACAAGCGGGUUGGACGAGAAGUUUGACGAGGUGGUCAAGCAUCUGACCCCCACGCAUCGAGAGUUCUUCUUGAAGUGGGAGGACCUCCUUACCAAAGAAGAAAAGGAGAGUCAGAAGCUGCGUCGGGAACUUUGGACUAUGGUCAGCACGGAGCGUGAGAAGGUAGGUCGCUGUUUCGCCAACGUCAUCAUUGAGGAAGGUUCCGCAUCCGAAGACAAGCAGCAGCUCAAGAUCAAUCGCUUUUCCUACACCUUCAUGAAGGGGAACUCGGCCCCCGGCUUCUCUUUCUUGGACUCGCAGCUUGUUGUCGGAGAACCCAUCGUGGUAUCGGACGAGCAGGGUCACUUCGCACUCGCGCUAGGUUACGUGACCGCCGUCAAGAAACAACGAAUCAGUGUCGCUGUCGACCGACGGCUUCACAACGCGCGCAUUCGGCAGCCAGGUUUCAACGACGUGGACAAUCAGGUGUUCGCAAGUAUCAUGGAGGUAGCUCCUGAGGGAGCGAAAGCAGAGCAGAGUGAGGGCAAAAUCAGGGAAGCACCAAUUCGUUACCGUCUUGACAAGGACGAAUUCAGCAACGGCAUGGCUACGGUGCGGAACAACCUCGUCCAAGUUAUGGCUGACGGCCCCUUCGGGUCUUCCGAGAUUCGCCGGCUAGUCGUCGACCUUGUUCCGCCGACGUUCAAGACAACCCCAACCCAGUAUACCGUCCCGGGCAAGGACAGCUUGAAUGUUGACCAGAAGGCCGCGGUCGAAAAACCAUCCGAUAUCAUGACCCUCUCCAACACCCUCAUUUACAACGGGCGUCUCAAAUGUGGUACUGAAUCCCUCCGCCACGCUGAACUGCACGUCCCCAACAUGGGCGCUCUCAGCGCGCGGCACUUCGACGCUGCCUCCUUCAUCUCCCAUUCGCAGUCCCAGUCUCAACAAAACCGCAGCCCUUCCAAACCCCGCCCAACCACCUUCUGCCCUGCAUCGCGCCUCGGCGCCUGCUGGCUAGCCGACCUCGUCCACCCGAGCUCCCGGGUGCGCUUCGUCAACACCGACGCCCUACUGCCCCACUCCCGCGAGCAGGCCAAGGGCAACCGCAUCGUCAACCCGUGCGAAGCACGCGUCGUCGCGCAGCUCGUCGACGCCCUUCUCGCCGUCGGCGUCCCGCCGUCCGAGGUCGGCGUGGUCACGCACUACCGCUCGCAGCUCGCGCUGCUGAAGCACACCCUCCGCGCCUCGUCAGCAGCCGGCGGCGCCGCCGCCGCCGCCGCCGCGCAAGACGUGGAGAUGCACACGGCGGACCGCUUCCAGGGCCGCGACAAGUCGGUCGUGAUCCUCAGCCUCGUGCGCAGCAACGAGCCCUGCGCCAUCGGCGAGCUGCUCAAGGACUGGCGCCGCAUCAACGUCGCCUUCACCCGCGCCAAGACCAAGCUGCUCGUCGUCGGGAGCAGGUCCACCCUGGGCGGGUGUGGCGAGGGCGAGAUGCUGGCGCGCUUUGUGCGUUUGAUGGAGGACAGGGACUGGGUCUAUGACUUGGAUGCCGGCGCGUUGGAUGCGCAUCUCUUUCGGGAGGAUGGUGGUGCGACGCAGGUUACGGGGAGCGUGACUGCGUCGGCGAGGGUGGGUGGUGCUUCCGUUGUUGUUGGUGCCGGGGAGGAGGAUGGGUUUAAGGGGCUUGGCCUGAAAAGGGGGUUGUUGUUUCCCCCUGGUGGGGGUGGGGGUGGUGCGGUCAAGGGGAAGGAGAAUAGGCCGUUGAGUCAGAAGGGACGGACGGUGGAACCGAAAAAGGCGGCGAGGAUCGGGGAGCGCGCUAUGCUCAGGGGUAAGCCGGUGUUGCGGGAUAUUUUGAACGAUAUGAUGGAUGGCGGGUAUUGA